AUGGCUACAGCAGCAGCAGCAGACACAACCGACACGGCUCCGUUGAGGAUUGGCAUUGAUUUCGGUGGCGUUCUUACAAUACAUGACAAAACUCGUACAUCUGAAGAUGAUGAACAUCGAUCCGUCGAAAUCAAUAUGCCAGAUGCAAUGAAAAGUUUACUUCAAUUGAAAGAAUCAGGUCACAAACUUUAUUUAAUCUCGUAUUGUGGCGAACGACGCGCACAAGAAACGAAAAAAAGCCUUUUAAGAACUCUUCCAUCGAAAAACUUCUUCGAUGCACUUUACUUCACCCAACGAACAUCGAACAAACUCGAUGUUUGUCAAGCACUUGGUUGUGACAUAAUAAUUGAAGAUCGAUUAAAAACCUUAAAACACAUUCAACAUACCGUUCCAACAAUGAAAUUCUUAUGGUUUACAUCUUCCAAUGAAACACAACCUGAUGACAUAAUCAAGGUCGAGUCUUGGUCAGAUGUGAUGAAAACGAUAACUGAUACACUUAUUCACGACUCACAUCGACAUCAACCUGAUCGGCGUGUUAUACUAACUGGCAAAGUCCAUGUUGUUUGA